AUGGCUGCCGCAGCCUGGCAGCCGACCCAGGACGGUGUGCUUCAGCUAGUCAAUUUACUGACCCUUUACCAGCAGCCUGGGACCAAUCAGAGCAAGGUGUUCCAGCAGCUUGAGGGCUAUAGAGCAUAUCCCGACUUUAAUAAUUACCUGGCCUUCAUCUUCGCGACAGGGGAGCAGCUGCCUGUGGAGGGGGCUCUUCUGCCGCUAUUGGGCCAUGUAAACCGGCAGCUGCGCCAUACUUCCGGCACAAUUGCUUCCGUUAUCACGGGACUUGGCGGCUUGGACGAAUGGCCGGAGCUCGCAGCGGCAUUACCUCACUGCCUGCAGGCCGAGGACGCAAACGUGUUGGAUGGUGCCCUAGACACACUAUACAAGAUUCUGGAGGAUCAUCCUAGCCAGAUAGAGGUGGAGCUGGCGGGCGCUGGCGGGGCGCUGGCUAGCAGCCUUCUGGUCCCGCCCCUGCUGCAGCUGAUGCGAUCACCAGUUGACGAUGUUAGGUGCAUGGCUGUGGCCUGCCUGAACCUCAUGGCGCCGCACAUGCCGAAGGGGCUGCAGGACAAUGUAGACGGCUACCUGCAGGGCUUGUUUGCGCUGGCAAACGACUCCUCCAACCGUGUGCGCAAGGAGGUGGUGUCGGGACUGGUGGCAAGCACGACCACUCUGGCGGACAAGCUGGUGCCCUUCAUGGCCCAGUUGGUGGAGUACAUGCUGGCGUCCAAUGAGCACUCGGAUCCGGCGGUAGCGCUGGCGGCGGCGGAGUUCUGGACGGCGUACCUGGACCUGCAACUGGACCCCGGGCUUCUGAGGCCGUACUUGGCACGGCUUAUACCGGUCCUGCUUAAAAAUAUGGUGUUCGACGAGUAUGACGAUGAAGUGGCAGAGGCGGAGGCCGCUGAAAGUGCGCCCACUCAGAAGGAGGACCGCGACCAGGACGUCAAGCCGUUCAUGCCUCGGACCAGGGAGCAUGGGCCCUCCGCGGGUGAAGCCGAUGGCGGAGAUGAUGCCGCGGGCGGCGAUAACGGGGCGGAUGACGACGAUGAGAUGUUCAGUGCCUGGAAUCUUCGGAAAUGCAGCGCAGAGGCGCUUGACAUGCUGUCCAAUAAUUUUGGGGAUGACUUGCUGCCGGUGUUGCUUCCUAUCGUUCAGCAGCGGCUACAGGACACCAACUGGCGAUCUCGGGAGUCCGCCAUCUUGGCGCUGGGUGCGGUCUGCCACGGCUGUCACGCGGGUCUGCAGCCAUACCUGGAGGGUAUGAUCCACAUGCUGCUGCCCGCUCUGCAAGAUGCACGGCCCAUGGUGCGGAUUAUUACGUGCUGGACGUUAGGGCGGUAUAGCCAUUGGCUCUUCCAGGGAGUGGUGGACCGCGGGCAGGCUGGCAGGCCGCUGCUCAACGAAGUCAUGGCUGGCGUUCUUCGAAGCAUGGGCGAUAACAACAAGUUCGUGCAAGCCGCAGCGGUCAGCUCGCUGGCUGUCAUUGUAGAGGCUGCUGGUGAAGGGCACCAAAACCCUGAUAACCUCUUGGAGCCUUACACCAAGGCAAUCUUGGAGGCCCUUGCUGCCGCACUUACCCGCUAUACUCGACGUGGCGUCGUAGUUACAUACGAUGCGCUGGCGUGCACGGCGCGGGUUCUGGGGUCGCGUAUGUCCGACCCAGCGAUCGCGGGUAUCGUUCUGCCGCCCCUUGUGCAUAAGUUCACAUCUGCUCCUCUUGCGGACAAGGACUUGCUGGCGACUAUGGAGUGUCUAGCAAACGUGACGCCGCACAUUGGUCGUGCAAUGGAGGUUUACGCGAAAGCUUUGUAUGAUAAGGCGAUCGCGCUAGCCGGGGCGUACAUUCACGCUGGGCAGCAGCAGCAGCAGCCAGGGGCUGAGGCAACUGCAUCAACCGCUGCAGCCGCCGGUGGAGCAACCGCAAACGGAGGGGGUAUUGAGUAUGACCCUAACUAUGUUGUCCUGGCUCUGGACGUCCUCAGCGGGCUAGCGCAAGGCUUACGGGCGAGCAUCGAGUCGCUUGUCGCGGCAAGUCCUCUUGUGCAGAUGUUACUGAUAUGCUGCUCGGACCAGUCCCCAGAUAUCCGACAGAGCGCAUUUGCGCUCAUAGGUGAUCUGGCGUCGGCGUGCGUGGCCCACUUGCUUCCUGUGCUAGAGCCGCUGGUAAGCUGCUCGCUGACGAUGCUGGAGCUGCCGCGCAUUACGGACGCUAACCUGGCCGCGGCCAACAACGCCUGCUGGUCGCUUGGCGAGGUGAUAGUUAAGGUCGACACCCAGCGCAUCGUCCCGCAUGCAGAGGCCAUUGCGCACCGUGUCGCCUCGAUCCUGUCUUACACGGGUCCGGGUCGUAUGCCGCCCUCUAUAUUGGAAAACUGCUCCAUCACCCUCGGCCGCACCGCCUGGCGAUGCGCCGACCAGCUGGCUCCGCACCUUGGGCAUUUCGCGCUUCCGUGGUGUACACAACUUCGCAACAUCCGGGAUGGCACUGAGAAGGAGCACGCUUUUCUCGGUCUGUGCAGGCUUGUCCGCAUGAAUCCGGAGGCUGCCUUGCCGGCGUUUCCAAUGCUGUGCUCAGCGUUCGCCUCAUGGCGGCGGGUUGGUUGUGAGGGGCUUCGAAACGAGAUGGCGCAGAUAUUGCAACUGUACAAGGCGAAUCUCGUGGCCUUGGGCCGCUGGGAAGUGGUUUUUGGUGACGUUCCCGACGCCGUCCGAGGGAAACUGGUGCAAAUGUUUGGACAGGCGCUGUAAUAUUUUAGCAU